AUGUCUAAUCCUUUCAAGAACAUCGGUAAGAACUUGCUGUAUAUCAGUGGUGUAGGUGUGCUCUCGCUUGUGAUCGUCAAGAGUAUAGUGAGGGCGCGCAGGGAUGCCAAGUUUAAGCCGCACGCGUUGGUUGGCGAUGAGGCCAGCAGUGCACAGGACUACUAUGAUAACUUGGCGCAGGUGAAGCCCGGGUUCCCGCUGCCGAAGAAGCUCGACAAAGACGAGGAGUUCAGUAUAGUGGAUGCCGCGACAACGAGGAAGAGCAAGUACGAAGCCGGGGGUGUUAGUGCUGUGACGAGGAAAAGAGGUGAUAGACUCGGGUUCCUGGACCGUCGGAACAAUGACUGA